AUGCUGUCCGAGGAGCUCUUCUCUUCGGUGUGCGGCCCGCCGAUAGCUGCCAACACGGCCAUAUCAAAGGACGUUGGUAUCUACGCGCAUACUCUGACGCCCACGUGGGCUGUCAAGUCAACCUUCAAGAAGAGCUCAGCACCGGUCCAUUGCUUGGCUGUCAGUGACAGCCACGUCUUCGCUGCCCAGGAUCAGAAGGCCCAUGUCCAUGUCUAUUCUCGAGCUCGAGGAAAUCAAGAGGCUCUUGUGCCCUUUCAGGAGAGGAUCCGAUGUAUUGCCCUUGCUGGCGAUGUUCUCGUCCUUGGAACAGCUGAGGGCCGGCUCAUUCUUUGGGAGACCUGCACGGGACGGCAAAUCACAACGCCUCCCUGCCAUGUGCAGGCUGUAAGCUGCCUUGCCGUGUCUCCCCACCAUGUGCUGUCUGCCUCAGAUGACUCCAACAUCAACGUCUGGUCCCUGCCUCGCCUCCUUGAGCCUGGGCAGGAUAUCGGGCAUGAGCCAGAUAGGACACUUUCAAAUCACCGCGGGGCCAUUACCGAUCUUGUUCUCGGCCCAGGCUCCAAUCCCGAGACAAGCCUGUGUGUAUCGGCAAGCAAAGACAAGACGUGCAUCCUGUGGAACUACCAGACGGGUCAAGUACUGCGAACAUUGCUGUUCCCUACGGCCCCUCUCUGCAUUUCGUUGGAUCCCUGUGCCCGAGCCCUCUUUGUCUCUUCCGAAGAUAGAAGUCUCUAUCUCGUCGAGUUCUUUGGCGACAAGCCGCUGUUGGGGUCCCGUAGUGCCGAGCUGGCAUCCAUUGUCAUGCAAAUCAACUCCCCCUUGGGAGUGGUAGAUGAGGACGCGGGACCCGCCUCUUGCAUGGCAGUCAGUCAUGACGGCACUUCCGUUGUGACUGGACACGUCAAGGGUAAGAUUCUGAAAUGGAAUCUAGUUGACAACAGCCAUCCCACAGAACUGGCAAACCUCAAUGCGUCCGUCACCAACCUAGUCUUUGCCCCUCUCUUCUCAGAAAAGAAGAACACCCAGGCGGGCACGGUGGUGAAGCCAAAUCAGUCUCAGCGACAGUACACCCUGACAACCCAGUUGCAGGGUGACUUGGACCAUGACACAAGAUUUAGCCAGAUGCUGAAUACCAACGGCUUCUCUGAUGAAACCAUUGCACAAGCUCUGGCGUCGUUUGCUGCGUCAAGUUCAUGA